CCAACGCUAGCCCACUUGCUAUACAAUACCCAGAGUCGGUUUGCCCUGGUUAAUCUUCUUCAGUUCCCCUCCGAUAAAACACCACCGUCGGUUCUAUCCACCACCGUUCAGGCUUCAGCCACACCACCCCGCGGAGCCUCUUACGCCACCGUCGACCGUCGAGGGUAACCUCCGGAUUAUGCUAAACUGGUAUUGGAACUAAAUUUUGUAGUUUCACUAUUUUGGAUUUUGACACAUUUUUUUCCACAAAAUGUUGGGCUCAUUGCCGAUAUUGCCUCUACCAGCACCACCCGCAGAUGGUGAUCUAGGUCCUCUACCUCCAUCUCAAGUAGAAAAUGAUUCAAAAGACGUGCAUAUGCAGGACGGUGAUGAUGAUCCAAAUAAGUCAAAUCCACCUGCAUCAAUUGCCACGCACACCCGAACAAUCGGGAUUAUACAUCCUCCCCCCGAUAUCAGAACCAUCGUCGACAAAACCGCCAGCUUUGUGGCGAAAAACGGACCCGAGUUUGAAAAAAGAAUCAUUGCUAGCAAUGCAGGAAAUCCCAAGUUUAAUUUUUUGAAUGGUUCAGAUCCUUAUCAUGCGUAUUACCAGCAUCGACUGGCUGAGUUUCGCGCUCAAAAUCAAGCCCCGGGCCAGCAAUCAUCUCAGCCGUCCGAUGCACCGGAUACUGAACCAGCCCCUUCUGCCGCUCCUGCAGAUGGCAAUGACGCAACCGAGAAAACCGACCCGUCAGCGAAGUUUAGGCCCGUAAAGAAAGUUCUUGACCCCCCAGAGGCUGAGCAGUACACAAUUCGGCUCCCUGAGGGUAUUACAGGUGAAGAGCUGGAUAUAAUCAAGCUCACCGCACAAUUUGUGGCGCGAAAUGGAAAAUCGUUUUUGACUGGAUUAACUAGUAGAGAGAACAACAAUCCUCAGUUUCAUUUUUUGAAGCCCACACACAGUAUGUUUAUGUUGUUUACAUCGCUAGCAGAUGCCUACUCGAAAGUUCUAAUGCCGCCUAAAGGGUUGACCGAUAAGCUGAAAAAAAGUGUGACCGACAUGACCACUGUACUUGAACGGUCUUUACACCGGCUCGAGUGGGAACGGUCACAAGAGCAGGCGAGACAAAAGGCGGAGGAUGAGAUUGAACAGGAAAGGCUGUUAAUGUCUAUGAUCGAUUGGCAUGAUUUUGUCGUUGUGGAGACCAUAGACUUUGCAGAUGAUGAAGACGAUGAUCUACCGCCUCCGAUGACGUUAGAAGAAGUUAUACGGAGGAGCAAGAUGUCGGCGGCUGUAGAGGAAGAGGUUGUGGAGCCCGGGAAGGAAGUCGAAAUGGAAAUGGAUGAAGAAGAGGUGCAGCUUGUGCAGGAAGGUAUGAAGGCUGCAACGCUCGAAGAGAAUAAUGAAGUCGAAACAAUCAAGGAAGAAAACGAGCCACGUAUGAGGAUCGUGAAGAACUAUAAGAGGCCUGAAGAAAGGCUUGCAGCAGCGGCUGCAGCUGCAGAGAGAAACCCACUUAACACUGUUGUUUCCCCAAUUACCGGUGAAUUGAUUCCGGUCAAUGAGAUGUCGGAACACAUGCGUAUCUCUCUUAUUGACCCGAAGUAUAAGGAACAAAAGGAGAGAAUGUUUGCCAAGAUUAGGGAGACGACACUUGCGCAAGAUGAUGAAAUUUCCAGAAAUAUUGUCGGGCUUGCUCGGACACGUCCCGAUAUUUUCGGGACCACAGAGGAAGAAGUUUCUAAUGCGGUUAAGGCGGAGAUCGAAAAGAAAAACGACGAGCAGCAGCUGCCGAAGCAGGUGAUUUGGGAUGGGCACACUGGGAGUAUCGGCCGUACUGCUACUCAAGCUAUGUCACAAAAUGCAGGUGAAGAUCAAAUCGAUGGGGUUAUUGACGGCCGUAAUCUUCCCGGUCCGGCAGCACCGCCGCCUAGACCUGGUAUUCCGUCGCUUCGCCCGCUACCUCCACCGCCUGGGCUUGCUUUGAAUCUCCCGCGUGUGCCGCCUAAUGCUCAAUACUCGACUGUAAAUCCGCCACCUCGGCCCGGGGUUAACAUGAUGGUUAGUCCACUACGUCCCCCACCACAGCCAAUGCAGAUGAAUUACGGUCAGCAACAACCUUACAUGAUGAAUCGGCCGCCACUACCAAUGGGUCAGCCUAUGAGUGGUAAUCCGCCUAGUAUUCCGGUGCCGCCGCCACCUGGAUCUCAGUUUACACCUCUUGCACCCCGCCCUUUCAUGCCCCAGCAUGGCAUGCCUAUGGUCCCUCCACCACCUAUGCCGCAAGGAAUGCCGCCACCACCACCUCCAGAGGAAGCCCCUCCUCCGCUUCCUGAAGAGCCUGAACCAAAGAGGCAAAGGCUUGAUGAUUCUUUGCUUGUCCCUGAGGAUCAGUUCUUGGCUCAACAUCCAGGACCUGUUCGUAUUAGUGUGUCGGUGCCGAAUGUCGAUGAAGGAAAUCUGAAAGGGCAAAUACUGGAAAUUACCGUGGAGUCGUUGUCUGAGAGUGUAAGCAGUUUGAAAGAGAAGAUUGCCGGAGAGAUACAGCUGCCUGCAAACAAACAGAAACUGAGCGGAAAGGCAGGUUUUUUCAAAGACAAUCUAUCGCUUGCUUAUUACAACGUUGCUGGAGGUGAGAUGCUCUCUCUGUCUUUAAGAGAGCGUGGUGGUAGGAAGAGGUACUAUAUAAUACCAAAGUUCCCCUCAGCCAUUCCGUCACCUCCAAGUCUCUCUUGUGGCGAUAAAACAACCGUCGGUGAUCUAAAGCCACCGUCAGCCGCUCUAACGCCACCGUCGAUCGGUAACUCCCGGAGUAUGGAAAAUUCCACCCCUGAAUCAGUUGCCACACACACCCGAACAAUUGGGAUUAUACAUCCUCCCCCUGACAUCAGAACCAUUGUCGACAAAACCGCAAGCUUUGUGGUAAAAACCGGACCCGAGUUUGAGAAUAGAAUCAUUGUUAGGAAUGCUGGAAAUCCCAAAUUUAAUUUUCUGAAUGGUUCAGAUCCUUAUCAUGCGUAUUACCAGCACCGACUGGCUGAGUUUCGUGCUCAAGCUCUAGCCCCAGGGCAGCAAUCAUUGGAUGCACCAGAACCCCAGUCAACUCCCUCUGCUGCUCCUGCAGAUAGCAAUGAUGCAUCCGAUAAAACUGACCCGUCAGCUAAGUUUCGACCCGUUAAGGAAGUUCUGGACCCCCCAGAACCUGAGCAGUACACAAUUCGGCUCCCUGAUGGUAUUACGGAAGAGGAGUUGGAUAUUAUUACGCUCACUGCACAAUAUGUGGCACGAAAUGGAAAAUCUUUUUUGACUGGGUUAACUAGUAGAGAGAACAACAAUUCACAAUUUCAAUUUUUGAAGCCCAACCACAGUAUGUUUACGUUGUUUACAUCGCUAGCAGAUGCCUACUCGAAAGUGUUAAUGCCGCCUAAAGGGUUGAACGAUAAGCUGAAAGAAAGUGUGACCGACAUCACCACUGUGAUUGAACGGUGCUUACACCGUCUUGAGUGGGAACAAUCCCAAGAGCAGGCGAGACAAAAGGCGGAGGAUGAGAUAGAACAUGAAAGACUGAUAAUGUUAACAAUCGAUUGGCAUGAUUUUGUUGUUGUGGAGAGCAUAGAUUUUGCAGAUGACGAAGAUCGUUAUUUACCGCCUUUAAUGACAUUAGAAGAAGUUGUAAUGAGGAGCAAGAUUUCGGCAGCUGUAGAUGAAGAGAUUGUUGAACCUGUGAAGGAAGUGGAAAUGGAAAUGGAAAUGGAUGAAGAAGAGGUGCAGCUUGUUAACGAAGGUAUGAAGGCUGCAGCAUUUGAAGAGUAUAAUGGUGUCGAUACAAUUAAGGAAGAAAACGAGCCAUGGAUGAGGAUCGUGAAGAACUAUAAGAGGCCUGAGGAAAGGCUAGCAGCAGCUGCAGCAGCAGAGAGAAACCUGGCAAAUACUGUUGUUUCACCGAUUACUGGUGAAUUGAUUCCAGUCAACGAGAUGUCGGAACACAUGCGUAUUUCUCUUAUUGACCCUAAGUAUAAAGAGCAAAAGGAGAGAAUGUUUGCCAAGAUUAGGGAGACUACACUUGCCCUAGAUGAUGAAAUUUCGAGAAAUAUUGUCGGGCUUGCUCGGACACGUCCUGAUAUUUUCGGGACCACAGAAGAAGAGGUUUCUAAUGCAGUCAAGGUGGAGAUCGAAAAGAUAAACGAUGAGCAGCAGCAGCAGAUUAAGCAGAUGAUUUGGGAUGGGCACACAGGGAGUAUUGGCCGCACGACUACUCAGGUCCUGUCACAUAACGCAGCAGAAGAUCAAAUUGAUGGGGUUACUGGUGGCCGGAAUCUUCCUGGUCCUGCAGCACUGCCGCCUAGACAUGGUGUUCCCUCACUUCGCCCUCUACCUCCACCACCUGGGCUUGCUUUGAAUCUUCCCCGUGUGUCGCCUAAUUCUCAAUACCCGACUGUCACUCCGCCACCUAUGUCCACGAUAAAUACGACGGUAACUACCCUGCAUCCCCCGCCGCAGCCAAUGCAGAUUAAUUACGGUCAGCAACCACCUUACAUGAUGAAUCGGCCACCACUACCAAUGGGUCAGUCUAUGACUGCCAAUCCGCUUAGCAUUCCGGUGCCGCCACCACCUGGAUCUCAGUUUACACCUAUUGUUCCUCCACCACCUAUGCCUCAAGGAAUGCUGCCGCCACCACCUCCAGAGCAAGCUGCUCCUCCACCACCUGACGAACCUGAACCAAAGAGGCAAAAGCUUGAUGAUUCUUUGCUAGUCCCCGAGGAUCAGUUCAUGGCUCAAAAUCCGGGACCUGUUCGUAUUAGUGUGUCGGUGCCGAAUGUCGGUGAAGGUAAUCUGAAAGGGCAAGUACUGGAGAUUAGUGUGGAAUCGUUGUCUGAGAGUGUAGGCAGUUUGAAAGAGAAGAUUGCUGGAGAGAUUCAGCUGCCCUGCAAACAAACAGAAACUGAGUGGGAAGACGGGUUUUUUAAAAGACAAUAUAUCGCUUGCUUAUUACAACGUUGGCGGAGGUGAAAUGCUUUCUCUGUCUUUAAGAGAACGUGGUGGUCGGAAAAG